UUCUAUGUGGGACAAUGACACCUUACAUGUGAAUCCAACAAAGAAAAAGGAGGAGCAAAAUAUUCCUCUGCAUGCACCCUCAAAAGAAAAUGAUCACACAAUUGUUUCUCCUGACAGAUCAUACAAGUUUACUGUGAAACUUCAUUAUGAGAUAAAAUUGUGUAUUGACCUCCCAUUCAAAAUGACAUUUUAAUUACGGUAUCAUAAAAAGAAAAUUUGGAAACAACAUGUCUACAGUUGUUUGCCAUGUCUCUAAAGAACUAAAAGAAGGAGUGGAGGCAUUACCCAUCACAUUACUGUAUAUUACAUUUCCCAAUGUCUAGGACUAGACUUGGUGUGCAUCAAGGCACCAAACUCCUCAAUUUGCAUAUCUGUAUAUGAACCAAAGUGCAGUUCAUAGAUUUUUGCAACUGAUCAUGGUGACUAUCAUAUUUGUAUCUUGAUGUUACCCUAAACUCACUGAAUGCUUAUCUCUUAUCACUGUGCUUUACUUUAGUUUGUUUCAUCUUGUAGCUGAUCAUCUUUCUUACCCCUUUUUUUUUUUUUUCUGAAUUUGUCAUACAGAUAGCUAGUUUUAUAAAGACCCACAUAUUUAGCCGCAGGCGACCAAUUGAUGGUUGGAAAUACAUGAUAGAGGAGAUAGGACCAAAUGCGAGGAAAGGUAAGGGCAGUGUUUCAAGGCUACCAAGUUUAUCAGAUCCAGCAACUCAACCGUUCAAGGAGGAAAGGACACAAAUUGAAGGCAGUCUCAGCCCCCGAAGGGACAGGUAGCUUCAAUCUUUUUGCUUUUUCUGGUAUAGCAUCGGUCUGUAAUAGGCAGACCAUGGGAUUCACAAGGAAUCGCCUCCUUGCAAUCACCCCAAGAAUUGAACCUUGGUCACCAAAAUAGCGAGCGACCCCUUCCCAACCAAGCUACAACGCCUUUGCUCUUCGGUUUUUACAUGCCUAGCAAAUUUUGCUUUGCAUUUGGAGAAUCUCACUCAUCCUUUCUUUCUAUCAUUUUUAAGGAUUUGUGGCAUCCAGAUUUCUCUAUGUAGCAGAUUGAUCUAAUCUCAACUGCAUGGAAUUUGUGUACUGAAAGCCUACAAUGUGUAUAAUACUCCACAUAAAUAUUAUUAUUUAUU